AGAAUCAUUUUUCUAAGUACACCACUACAACAUGCUGUGGGUCGCGAUUUUGGUGCCUAUCCUAAUAAUACUGCCGGCCGAUGGUCAGUUUCCAUUGCCAGACUUUGAGAAAACUGAAAUUACUGAAAGGCAAGGUGUCGGAAGUUACCGUCUUCCAAACGAUGUUAUACCAAUAAAAUACUAUCUAACACUGGAACCAGAAUUCGACACGUUUGGCUUCGAUGGAAUAGCUGAAAUCAAUUUGCAAGUGAUCAAUGAAACGAACACCAUCACUCUCCACAGUGUUGAGCUCACACUUCAAAACCUAACAAUAAACUGCGCGAGUCCAGCAGAAGAUUAUUCAAAUUUAACCAUUGAGUACAGCUUCUUAGACCUUGCAAGGCAGUUUCUUGUAAUCACAUUGUCUCGAAAUGUCGCGCCCGGUUCGGAGUGUACUUUACUGAUACUGUAUGAGGGAAUUUUGAACCAAGAUUCCCAUGGAUUCUACAGAGCCCAAUAUACCGACCGAGAAGGUAACGUUAGGUGGCUAGCAGUCACCCAAUUCGAACCCACGUAUGCAAGGGAAGCGUUUCCAUGUUUUGAUGAGCCAGCAUUAAAAGCCGAAUUCGAAAUAACGAUAAUAAGGCCGAACAAUUACAACUCGCUAUCAAAUUCUCCCAUAUAUAUUUCAAUGCCCUAUAUGAACAAUAAACGGAUGGAUCUAUUUCGUGUCACCCCCCGAAUGUCAACGUAUCUUGUUGCAUUCGUCGUUUCGGAAUUCACAAGUGUUUCUUCAGGGUACCAAGCAGUACAUGGCAGACCAGAAUUCAUAAACGAGAGUAGGGGAGAUUUUGCAUUGUCAAUGGGAUUGCAAGUAUUACCAGCAAUUGAAAAUUUCCUAGGAAUAGCGUAUAAUUCUUCAUUGGUCAAAUUAGACAACGUCGCUAUUCCAGAUGAUUAUUUUAGUAAUGGAGCCAUGGAAAAUUGGGGCCUGGUAACUUAUAGGGAAUCGUCUCUUUUCUCAAAAGAAAAUGUUUCAACGUCCGCGGAGAAGCAAGGAAUCGGUACCAUCAUAAGUCACGAAUACGGACACAAAUGGUUCGGAAACCUAGUUAGUCCCCUAUGGUGGAAUUACGUGUGGAUUAAUGAGGGAUUUGCGACAUAUUUACAAAAUUAUGGGGCGUCCGUAGCGCAACCCUCCUGGAGACUUAUGGAAAGGUUCGCACUUUCUACAUUACAAUCGGCUUUUUCAACCGACCAGCUACAAAACGCACGACCAAUGACUUACGAUGCGGAAACACCGGAUGAAAUUAAUGCAUUAUUUGACAGGAUUGCAUACAAUAAAGCUGGAUCAGUAAUAAGAAUGGUUGAACAUUUUCUGACAACUCCAGUAUUUCAAAGAGGUUUAAACAGAUUUCUGGUAAAUAACUCAUUCAGUGCAGCAACCGAGUAUGAGCUAUGGAGCGCUCUCGACGAAGCUGUGAUAGAAGCUGGCAUAAAUUUAGGUAGGCCAUUGGAAGAGAUCAUGACAACAUGGACUCAACAAGCAGGUUUUCCACUUGUGACCAUCCUGGUAGCUCCAGUAACAAGAACAGUCACCGUUGCCCAGGAGCGAUUUCUUUUAGAUAAUGCAUCAUAUGAUUCGAAUGAAACCUGGAUUAUCCCAUUAAAUUUUGUAAUAUCCAGCAACCCGAACUUUGAAGAUACCGCCCCGAUACUCUUGCUUAGAGAAAAUUCCCAAUCAAUAACUACUUUUGCCAAUGUAAAUCCAGGAGAGUGGAUAAUCGCCAAUAUACAACAAACUGGGUACUAUAGGGUUAAUUAUGACGAAGAAAAUUGGGGACUGAUAGCAAACUAUUUAAACAGAGAUAAUUUUAACAACAUUCAUCCAUCAAACAGAGCUCAACUAAUUGAUGACGCUUUAGUUCUUGCAAGAGCAGGGAGACUAAAUUAUGAAGUGGUCUUUGAUUUAAUUAGCUAUUUAAACAGAGAAACUGACUAUGUACCACUCAACAGCUUCAUCAAUAAUCUUGCCUUCCUCGAUAGAGUUCUUUCUGCAUCUCCGAACAUAGCAUUAUUCAGGGAGUUUACAAGAAACCUCCUCCAAGCGGCAUUCGACUACCUAACUCCCUACGAAUCGAACAUCGAUGAUCACAUAGAUAGAUUAAACAGACAACAAAUUUUGACCACUCUUUGUAAUCUUAAUCACGAAGCCUGCUUACAAUCCGCCAGCAAUUAUUUACGUACUUGGCAACAUAUUUCACCUGAUUUACAAUCGGCGGUUUACUGCGGAGGGUUGAGGAACGGUGGAGAAGAAGAAUGGAACUAUUUGUACAAUUUAUACACUUCUAGUACAACUGAAAGAUUGCAGAGAAAUCGUAUACUAAAUGCUCUCUCUUGUACGGAAAAUUCAACUCUCUUGCAAAGGGUCCUUGACAUGGCCUUUUCCCAGUCAACAGAAUGGAGACUACUUUCCAACGCUGAUAGGUUAAGAGCACUAACUGGUCUCUACACUAACAGUGAAAAUGGUAUUGACAUUGCACUUAACAUGAACUUUGCCCAGUUAUUUGCUAGUUUCAGUACAAGGAAUGUUAACACAAUUCUAAACGGGCUGUCACUACGACUAACAAGAGGCGAUCGUCAAGAUUUGUUCAGACAAAUCUUGCAACUCCAAGAUUCAUCAAGCUGGGAUUUACACGGCAACGCCUUUAGAAAUUCUCUUAGUAACAUAAACCAAACAAACGAUUGGAUUGCUAACUAUCAGGAUGCAAUUAAUAACUGGUUGAUUGAAAGGGUAACUCUACCCACCACCAGUUCUCCUACCCCAACAACAACCGUCAGUACUUCUGACACAACUGUUAGUCCUACAACUCCUGCGCCUCCUGACAAUGGGUCUAUCGACGUUAGGAUUAUGCCACUUCUGUUACUUUGUACUUUAAUUUUAUUGUAUACAUAAAAUGAAUUUAAUAAACCAUAAAUAAUUAAUACA